AUGCAGCAAUACUACAUACCGACCGCAAGAGAAUUGGCUCGGUUGUCAGAAAUUCAAAGAUCUCCAAUCCUUCAUCAUUUUGCAGAAUCAUUCUCUGGUGCUACAACUAUUAGAGCAUUCGGGCAGAAGGACCGUUUCAGCAAUACAAACCUUGAUCUCAUAGAUAAUUACUCAAGGCCAUGGUUUCACGAUUUUUCUGCAGUAGAAUGGUUCUCAUUCAGGCUGGAUUUGUUAUCCAACUUUGUGUUUGCUUUCUCACUGAUUUUGCUUGUGAACCUGCCAGAAGGAUUUUUCAGUCCAAGCAUUGCAGGGCUUGCAGUGACCUAUGGAUUAAAUCUCAAUUCACAACUUGCGACUAUCAUCUGGUUUAUAUGCAACAUAGAAACUACAAUGAUCUCAGUUGAGAGAAUACUACAAUACUCAAGGAUUCCAAGUGAAGCUCCUGUACUUAUUGAAGGUUGUCGACCACCAACCAAUUGGCCACAAGUUGGUACUAUAUGCUUCAAGAAUUUGGAGGUCAGAUAUGCUGAACAUCUGCCAUCUGUCUUGAAAAAUAUAACGUGCACAGUUCCAGGAAGAAAACAAGUUGGUAUUGUAGGACGAACUGGCAGCGGCAAAUCGACUUUGAUACAGGCUCUUUUCCGUAUUGUUGAACCACGAGAAGGAACCAUUCAAAUUGAUGAUGUUGAUAUCUGCAAGAUAGGUCUCCAUGACUUGCGUUCCAAACUAAGCAUCAUACCACAAGACCCAAUAUUGUUUGAGGGAACAGUGAGGGGAAACCUUGAUCCAUUGGAGGAAUACUCAGAUAGCAGGAUAUGGGAGGUACUAGACAAGUGUCAGCUUGGUGAUCUGAUGCGACAAGAUAGCAAGAAGCUGGAUUCAACAGUUACUGAAAAUGGAGAAAACUGGAGUGUUGGACAGAGGCAACUAUUCUGUCUAGGAAGAGCACUGUUGAAGAGAAGUAACAUUCUUGUUCUGGACGAAGCAACAGCCUCAAUUGAUUCUGCUACAGAUGCAAUAAUCCAAGCAACAAUAUGUCACGAAUUCAGAGACUGCACAAUACUCAUCAUAGCUCACAGGAUUCACACGGUUAUAGAUAGCGAUCUCAUUCUUGUUCUUAGUGAAGGAAGCAUUGUUGAGUAUGACAAACCAUCCAAGUUACUGGAACGAGAAGAUUCAUCAUUUGCUAAGCUUAUAAAGGAAUAUUCAACGAGAUCACAGAGCAUUCACAAUCCAACACAUACUGCAACUAAGACAUCAUAAAUUUUGGAUUUUCAUAUAUUUAGAAUGAUAGAUACAGCCUCCAACAGAAUGACAUAUGGUAUGUUGCGCUAAAUUCAAUGGCAGGUGUUUGAUUUCUCCAGCAAAGACUGAGUAUGUCAUAAUGAGAAAAAUCUACUCGGCAACAUUCUUCUAAGCUAUGCAAACUGGUGCAUGGGAAAUGUAACACUGGCAAAGAUCCAACAUUUAAGAACUACAUUGUAACUUGAUAUACAUUUGGCGGAAUAUUAUUUACCCAACUAGAAUUGCUCAAUGCAACUUUCUCAAAGUCACAAUGCUUCACAUGAUCAAGCUAAGAUUACAGUAGGUGAGC